AUGGAGUUGAAGAGUUGCAUCGGGUUUGCCAAAUUAAAUUUGGAAAUGGAUAAAGACCUGAAACUUUUGAAGUUAAAGGAACAGGCACGGGAAGGAAAGGCGGAGGGAUUCUUUGUUCAUGAAGAUGGAAGCUUGAGGUUCAAGGGUCGCUGGUGUUUAUCGACAGGGGAGGAAUCUUUGAAGGAACGUAUCUUGGAUGAGGCCCAUUGUAAUAUAUUUUCAAUCCAUCCGGGCGGUGACAAAAUGUAUCAAGACCUUAAGUUAAUGUUUUGGUGGUCUGGGAUGAAGAAGGAUAUUGCGGAUUAUGUCUCGCGCUAUUUGACUUGUCAAAAGGUUAAAAGCAAUGGGUACUACGUUGCUUUACAGUACGUUAUUCCAUCCGAGACGAAUGGGAAAACAGAGCGGACAAAUCAGAUAUUAGAGGAUAUGUUGCGCGCUAUUGCCAUGGAAUAUCCAGUUUAUUGGGAUGAUUUCACCGAAGCGGUGACCUUGGGACCUGAUUUGUUAUUUCAGAUGACUGAAAAGGUGAAGUUGAUAAGGGAUAGUUUGAAAGCGGCACACGAUCGUCAAAAUUCUUAUGCUGAUUUGAAGUGA